AUGCCGUCACUACCCAGCAUCCAGUUGCCGUCCGCCACCACCACCAUGGUUACCACCGGUUCGGGAUCCAAUCGCACGACGGUGGACACGAAGCAGAUGCUACUUCCGGGCCAUGUGGCGGUGCUGCAUGUGACGACAUGCGGCCAGAGUGGGGCCGGGCUCGGUUCGGACGAGAAGGAGAUCGUACUGCUGAUUUACGUAAUCAUCGAUGUGCAGACAAAUAAUAUAAUUGGCGUGAAGCAGUAUCUAGUCCGGCCGAGGAAUUCGACAUUCCGCACCGAGUCAUCGGGCAGCAACGCGCUCGGUGCACUGUCCAGCAGCCUCACCGGCAGCAACAGCAACAUCAGCAACAGCAGCGGCAGUACGACCAGUGCCGGCGGGUGCCCCGUCGGCAUCAGCGGCUCGUCCACGGCUGUCGGAUCGUCGGACAGUACGGCGAUUGCCGUCCCGACGGGCGGCUCCACAUCUCCAGGCAUUGCCGCAGCACCGUCGCCACCGGAAUGUGCAAUAACGCAGGAGAUCCCGGCCAUCGAAUCGCUGGUACAGACCAACGGGCGUCCCCUGGAGGAAGUGAUCCAACAGUUUGAUGAGUACACUAAGUCGCUCAAUCUGGAUCCGCACUGUCCCAGCUUUCGGCUAGUCACCGACGGGCAGCUACCACUACGGCAAUGUCUCCAUCCCGAAGCAAGUGCCAAAGACGUCGACCUGCCACAGUACUACUGGCGGUUUUGUGACCUGCGGAAGGAGUUUGUGCGGUUCCGGGCCGGUGAUCUAUCCCGUGCCCUUGUCCCAGUCGCUGAAGCUUCGAAGCUCCAGUCGAUGCCCAGUCUACCGCCGAUUCCGGCUUCUGUUGCUGACAUUAUUAAAGAUCUUGACCUGCAAGCCUGUCAGGAUAAUAAUGAAUUCUACGUCAAGGAAGCACGCGACAUGGUGACGAUCGUGAAACAUCUAAUCACUCUAGGACACAAAUUUGAAGCAAAUGAAAUAAUAAACCUAAAUCUAGAGCCUGGCAUAUGCUCGAUCGAUGACGAAAUAGAUGGAACGUGUAUAGUGCGUGCUCGUGGAUUACCCUGGCAGAGCAGCGAUCAGGAUAUUGCCAAGUUCUUCCGCGGACUGAAUGUCGCAAAGGGUGGUGUAGCUCUUUGUUUAUCGCCACAAGGACGUCGUAACGGUGAAGCAUUGGUACGCUUUGUGUCACAGGAACAUCGCGAUAUGGCACUCAAACGACACAAGCAUCACAUCGGCAAUCGAUACAUUGAGGUGUAUCGAGCCAACGGGGAAGACUUCCUAGCCGUGGCAGGAGGUGCAUCCAACGAAGCGCAAGCCUUCCUAUCGAAGGGCGCACAAGUAAUCAUCCGGAUGCGAGGUUUACCAUACGAUUGUUCUGCAAAGCAGGUGCUCGAUUUCUUCGCCAACGGUGAGAAUAGUUGCAAUGUACUGGAUGGUGCCGAUGGUAUACUUUUUGUAAAGAAACCGGACGGACGGGCGACCGGUGACGCUUUCGUGCUCUUCGAGCAGGACACGGAUGCAUCGAAGGCACUAUCAAAACAUCGCGAAUCGAUCGGCCAACGCUACAUUGAGCUGUUUCGCUCGACAACGGCAGAAGUACAGCAGGUUUUGAACCGAUCCAUGGAUCCGAAGACCUACGAGCCACCGCAACCACCAUUGAUUGCGCAGUUACCGCAAGUGCAGAUGCAACUAUUACCCCAACACGUCAUCACCAGUGGUAUCGAGAAGAACUGCAUCCGGUUACGGGGGCUUCCAUAUGAAGCAAAGGUGGAACAUAUACUACACUUCCUGGACGACUUUGCCAAUCACAUCGUCUACCAGGGAGUGCAUUUGGUGUACAAUGCUCAGGGUCAGUUCAAUGGUGAAGCAUUCAUACAGAUGGACUCGGAAACGGCGGCUUACCAGUCGGCGCAACAGAAACACCACAAGAACAUGAUGUUCGGCAAGAAGCAGCGCUACAUCGAGGUGUUCCAGUGUUCCGGCGAUGACAUGAACAUGGUGCUGAACGGCGGCUUCCAGCAGCCGGCAAGCCUCUCGAAACCGUCUCUCCUCUCACCGGGUAUGUUACCGACAGCGGCCACACAGCCACCGACACAAUCCCCGCAGACGCUCUCACUCUCCCAAAUUCCGCUACCGAUUCCAUCUCCGCUGGCUCUCUCGGUACCGCCGCCGAACCAUCAGCUGCUAGCACAGCAGCAAGCACAGUACAUAGCGCAGCACAAUCUACUGGCGCGCCAAGCGGCCGCCGCCCAGCAUCAGCAGCAUCAGCAGGAACAGCUGAUGCUGCAAAACCUGGGCAUGUACGUGGCAGGGCCACCAACCAGCGUUGCUACAUCGUUGAGCGUGUCACAGCCGGGCAGUGCUGUGGCCGGUGCACCAACGUACGUAACGGCUGGCAGUGGUGGGUUGCCACCGUCGGUGACCGGUGCUGGCAAUGCGGGUGGACUUGCUUUCGGGCAUGGAUCAGCAGCUGGUUUGGCAGGUUUGAGUGCUGCUUCCGCCGGAGCGAGCGGUGCAGGUGGUUUGCCGCCUCAUCUAGGUGGAGGCCACCCAGCUGGUGGCCCGCUUGCCGCUCAGUACCAUCCGCUGUACUUUAUGCAACGUCACAUGCUCGCAUCAAACAGUGGCAUUCCGAUGGGGUUGAUGGCACCGCCACAUGCAACGGCUGCAGCUCACCAUGCUGCUGCAUUCAAUCAAUUGCAUCACUUCGGUGGUGGCAUUGGUCAUGCCGGGGUUCCCGGUUCCGGUGCGGGCAGUUCGCUGCCGCAUCAUGCUUCUGCUGCCGGUCUGGUGCACCAUCCAUCGCAGCAUCACGCAAUGCAAGCGAUGGCGGCAGCGGCCGCUUCACAAUCGGCUGCUGGUGGUAUGCUUCCAUCGAAGCGCUCGUACGAUAGUGCUUUCCGCGGUGAUCAGUCCGCGCUGGCACCUAGCGCCGGUAGCAAACGCCCUUUCCAUGGCACUCCGACACAGGGUGCGGCCGCAGCUGCUGCAGCUGCCGCAGCUUCUGUUGCAUUGUAUGCACCGUACUACCAUCCGCACAUAUGA